GUGCUGCUGUUCAUCUUUGUGAAACGCCAGAUCAUGCGCUUCGCCAUGAAGUCCCGCCGUGGCCCCCAUGUGCCUGUCGGACAGCACGCGCCCAAGGAUUUAAAGGAAGAAAUCGACAUUCGACUGUCGCGGGUGCAAGACAUCAAGUAUGAGCCCCAGCUGCUAGCUGAGGACGACAGCAGGCUUCUGCAGCUGGAGACACAAGGCUGCUAUAACUACCUGUACAGGAUGAAGGCGCUGGAUGCGAUCAGAACAUCUGAAAUCCCAUUUCACGCAGAGGGCCGGUACCCAAAGUCUUUAAUAGGGAAGAACUUCUGUGCCUACCUGCUGGAACUGCGGAAUUCCAGCACCUCCUUCAAAGGCAUCCGCAAAGCCUUGAUCGACACCUUGCUGGAUGGGUACGAGAGUGCCCGCUAUGGCACUGGGGUCUUUGGGAAACCGGAAUAUCUGCAGUACCAGGAUGCUCUGAAUGAGCUGGCAAACGUGACCAAGGCCCGGGGAGGCAGCAGCCAGCGGCAGCACCAGUCAGCAGCGAAGGACCUCACCCUCUCCCCCGAAGUCUCCAACCCCGCCACCAUCCAGGUCACCUACCUGCCUUCCAACCAGAAGAGCAAACGUGCCAAACACUUCCUGGAGCUGAAGAGCUUCAAGGACAACUACAACACGUUGGAGAGCACCCUGUGAGCCGCGCAGGGAGCACUGCUCCGGGGACCUGCCACGAGCAGAGCCCCUUGCUGGGUGCAGC